AUGCAACCUUUUAACAUUGAUCUUACCGACAACGAAGACAACGAAUCUUUGAAUUCUCCACCAAGGCGUUUGAUCAUCGAUAGUGAUGAUGAAGGAGACGAACUUUUAUCCAAAUCUCAUAAUUCAGCUCAUUUUUCAUCCGCCGAAGACAGAUAUUAUAAAGACCACGAUUUGAAGCUUAAAGCAUUUGAGGCUUUACAUCAUGACAAAAGUCCUCAAGGAAGCCCUAUCAAAAGAAGACAAUCAAUCAUUGAUUUACCACCAUCAUCAUUGACUUUCCACCCAACUCCAUCCGUGGCCUCUCAUAAUAAUGCCCAUACUCAACAGAAAUUAUCCAAUGCUAACGCUUUACCUGAAGAUUAUCCUUCAGAUGAAUUGGUUCAAUUGUUCAAGAACGUCAAGAUGUCACUUGAAUUAAGACACAAAUAUCAAAAGAUAUCCUUACAAUCCAGUGAAUUGGAGAAUCCUAAAAAUAGUGAAUCUUGGGAUAUUUAUCCACCACCACCAAAGCCAACUUAUAAGUCUAAAAACAGGUACAAUCAAUUACCCAGCGAAACUGAGGAAGUUGAAGAAGAAUUUGAUUUUUCCAAAUGUGAAAUCCCUGAAGGUACUACCCUUUUCGAUUAUAGAACCAACAAGGAAGAUGUUUUCGAGAUUUAUAGUAAGGAGACAGGAGCACCAAUGGUUCAAGUUCCUUCAAUCGGAGAAUACUUCUCCGAUUUGAACAAGAUUAUCAAGAUUUCAUCAGAUGGUCCUACCAAAUCAUUUGCUUAUAAGAGAUUAGAAUAUUUGGAAGCUAAAUGGAAUUUGUAUUAUUUGUUAAAUGAAUUCGAAGAGACCAAACAAUCCAAAAGAAAUCCUCAUAGAGAUUUCUAUAAUGUUAGAAAGGUUGACACCCACAUUCAUCAUUCUGCUUGUAUGAAUCAAAAGCACUUGUUGAGAUACAUCAAGUAUAAAUUGAAAACUGUUCCUGAUGAACAAGUAAUUUUCAGAGAUGGUAAAGUUUUAACUUUGGCUGAGGUAUUCGAAUCUCUUAACCUUACAGGUUAUGAUUUAUCGAUUGAUACCUUGGAUAUGCACGCUCAUACCGAUUCUUUCCAUCGUUUCGACAAGUUUAAUUUGAAGUAUAAUCCUAUCGGAGAAUCAAGAUUAAGAGAAAUUUUCUUGAAGACUGAUAAUUUCAUUAGAGGAAAAUACUUGGCGGAGAUCACUAAACAAGUCUUUGAAGAUUUGGAAGGUUCUAAGUAUCAAAUGACAGAAUUGAGAAUUUCCAUCUAUGGUAGAUCUUACGAUGAAUGGGACAAAUUAGCUAGUUGGAUCAUUGAUAAUAAAUUAGUCAGUCAUAACGUUCGUUGGUUAGUCCAAGUUCCAAGAUUAUAUGACAUUUAUAAGAAGAAUGGAAAUGUUAAGAAUUUCCAAGAUAUCCUUGUUAACUUAUUUGAACCAUUAAUCAAAGUCACAUUGGAUCCUAGAUCCAAUCCAAAAUUACACGUAUUCUUACAAAGAGUAGUUGGAUUUGAUUCUGUAGAUGAUGAAUCUAAAGCCGAAACUCCUCAAAGGAGGUAUUCUCCAGCUGGCCAAUGGGAAUAUUCUAAUAAUCCUCCUUAUUCAUACUACUUGUACUAUUUGUACAGUAAUUUGACAUCUUUGAAUCAUUUGAGACAAAAAUUAGGUUUCAACACAUUCCUUUUAAGACCUCAUUGUGGUGAAGCUGGAGAUCCAGAACAUCUUAUUAGUGCCUUUUUAACUGCUCAUUCUAUCAGUCAUGGGAUCUUAUUGAGAAAGUUACCUUUCAUUCAAUACUUAUAUUUCUUAGAUCAAAUCGGAUUGGCCAUGUCACCAUUAUCCAAUAAUGCUUUGUUCUUGACUUAUGAUAAAAAUCCAUUCUACAGUUUCUUCAAAAAAGGUUUGAAUGUAUCAUUGUCUACAGAUGAUCCUUUACAAUUCUCAUACACCAAAGAACCAUUGAUCGAAGAGUAUUCUGUAGCAGCUCAAAUCUAUAAACUUUCAGCUGUUGAUAUGUGUGAGUUAGCUCGUAAUUCAGUAUUACAAUCAGGUUGGGAAGCUAAGAUCAAGAAACAUUGGUUGGGUAAAACUUACAUGGAAGGAGGAAUUGCCGGGAACAAUACAGAGAAAACCAAUGUCCCUAACAUCAGAGUUGAUUAUAGAGAACAAACUCUCAAUAGUGAAUUACAUUUGGUCGAUUAUUAUACAGAAUUACGUCAAUAG